CAGUCGACAAAGAAGGGGUUGACGGAAAAGAAGCAACAGCAGCAGCAGCACCAGAAGAGAGAGAGAGAGGACGCAGCUGAAAACACUUUGCAGCCGUCGCAAAGUUCUGGAAACCAUUUGGAGCGAGUGAGCCUUUUUGUCCCACUUCCGGACGCCCCAACCUGGAGUACACCGUCGGACCAACAUCCGUCAGAUUUUCAUAACUCGUCUAGAAAGUACAAGCGUGUAGUAAACCGCCAUCAUGAGCUCCGAGGAAAGCACAGACAAAACUACCGAGCAGACCACGACCGAGCAAACGGAGACCGAGGAGCAACAGCAAACGGUCAGCGAGCUCGAGCAGCAGGAGGAGGCCAAAAUGAAGGCCAAGUACGGGGGCAACAUCGGGCUCGGCGGCGGCCCGCGCGGUCUCGGCGGCCACUCGGCCUUCCUGCAGAAGCGCCUCCAGAAGGGCCAGAAGUACUUCGACUCGGGCGAUUACCAGAUGGCGAAGCAGAAGGGCGGUGGCGUGAAGCAGGUGUUUGCCAACAAGGUGCCGACCGGAGAGGCCAUCCCGACGCCGGAAUCCGUGCCAGUGCGGAAAACCUCCAUCAUCCAGCAGUGCAACAAGUUUCAAAGUUAAGUAAGCUGCAAGCUGAACUUUCUUUCUUUCUUAUUCGUUGUUGUGAGAUUUGUCGCGCGUAAUCACCUUCAUAUCCGCGUUUAGUUUUGAUCGUCCCCCUUCUCCCAUACUGCGUACGAUUAUGGUUAGUCUCCUCUCUUUAUUUGCUGUGUGGGUUUUUGUCGUUAAGUUUCUAGUUGUAAGUGAAAGGUGAGCCCCCUCUCCCCGCUCGCGCCCGUUUUCAGCUUAGCGCGUUGAAAAUAAAUAGGCGCUACGAUUUGGCCAUGCAAAACAUUCGGUUCGGUCCCAAUCGAUGCUCGAAGGCAAGCUUAAAAAUUAGGUUUAAAGUUUAGUUUUCUCCAAUACACUUACUCUAAGUUAUAAUCCUUGUAUCACUUAAUCGUAUUCGUUCAUAAAGCAAAUUUAAGCCUAUUUAGUGCAUACCAUCUGAAAAAAAAAAUACAAAAUCAUGUGUAGAAAUCCUUACUUUUCGGAGAGAUUGAGAGAAAAAAUCACAAAUCAAAACGGUUUAGGGAAAAACAAAGAAUGGUUAGAAAAUCCACUUAUCUAGAGAGCAAAGAGAGGUGGAAACAAAAACUCACACAAAACACACACACACACACAAAACACACACACACACACAAAAUUUGGCCACGGGAGAGGACACACAGAAACAUCGAAACAUCCGGUUCCUUCCUUCCCUUUCGGAAUGAGGUUACGGCAAAGCGAUCUGACCCGAGGAGGAGAAGAAGGUGGGCAGGCAGGCUACCUGCAGAAGAGUGUUUUCAGCCAGGUGUUGUACUGUAUAUGUGAAUAAUUAUUCAUCUGAUUUUAAUCUGCUAGGGAGAGA